AUGGGUGACAGACAACUGAUGAUCAGGUCUCUGUUAUUCCUCCUCCUCGUCUCCAUUGUUGGCUUAUUGGCUAUAGCCCCAUGUUCACAUGGGCUCAACCCAAAGCCAGACGACCAACUUCCUUCACUAGUCACCACAUCCACCCAACUCAAGUACCACAAUGGUCCUCUCUUGACCGGGCCAACCAUCAAUAUCUAUCUCAUCUGGUAUGGUCCCUUCUCUCUCACCAACAGGACCAUCAUCUCCAACUUCUUUGCUUCCUUGGAUCCCUCCACAGCCCAUUCUCUCCGGCGACAACCCACCGUCUCAACAUGGUGGGCAACAGCCAAAUCAUACAAAGACGCAACCGGAAAGCCUGUUUCCGGUAGCGUCAAGCUGGCCAGAGAAGUUGGAGACGUCAAUUAUUCUCGAGGGAAGAACAUCAAACGUGCCGACAUAGCCAUCCUGGUAAAAAAUGCGAUAGCCCAAAAGGCAUUCCCAGUUGACCCUACCGGAAUAUACUUCGUCCUGACAGCUGCAGAUGUAACAGUGGAGAAGUUUUGCAUGGGGUCGUGUGGGUUUCACGACAGCUUCAUGGUAUCUCCAACUGAAAGAGUUGUUUAUGCACAUGUAGGGGAUCCGCACGCCCAGUGCCCGAGCCUCUGUGCAUGGCCAUACGCCGUACCCAGCUACGGCCCGCCCGGCCCGGCGCUGGUGGCACCUAAUAGCGUCGGCAUGGAUGCAAUGGUUGUGAAUAUAGCGACUGUUCUGGCCGGAGCUGCAACUAAUCCAUUGAAGACGGGGUACUUCCAGGGCGAUGCCUUGGCGCCGUUAGAGGCUGUGACCGCCUGUCCGGGCAUAUUCGGCGCCGAUGCUUACCCUGGAUAUCCUGGGAAAUUGAUGGUUGAUCAGGCAAGCAAAGGGAGCUUCAAUGUUUAUGGAGCCGAGGGGCGGAUGUUCCUUGUUCCGGGCAUGUGGGAUCCUUUGAGCCUCACUUGCAAGGUCGUCGUUGCUUGA